AUGUAUGUAGGCUAUAUAAAGAAUAAUGGUACACAAGUUAAAGUUCCAUUAGACAACAACUGCUACUUAAACUUAUAUGGAGACGAACAAAAGAAAUAUUUAAGAGUUUAUGAAAUGACAGAUAUGACAUUGCCUGACCCAGCUCCAGCACCAUAUUAUUAUGACUAUGGAGAUGACGUCAGAACACCACAUGUAGAUGAACAAAAGCUAACAUUAUAUUUAGAUUUUUAUAGAUAUAAAAGAUAUAAUGCAAUAGAAAAAACGAGAAUAGUAUACUAUUAUGAAGAUGACAGAAAUAAAUAUUAUAGUCAAGACUUUACCUACCCUGAAAACAUAAGAUUAUAUUAUAAAAAAUAUUCUGACACAAACCAGAAGAAACCUGAAAUAGUUGCACUAUAUUUUAAGUUCAAAAGAGACAAUCCUAUAAUAUCUCAUAUGUUUGAUUUAAUGAACCCAGUAGGUUCUAUUUAUACAUCUAUGGAAGCAAGAGGUCCUCAAGUAAUGUUUGGUGUUGGGGCAUGGGAACAAAUAGUCGACAGGUUUUUGUAUUGUGCAAACUCUUCAAAGGAAACAGGUGGAAGUAAAACGAUUUCAGGUGAAAAUUUACCUGCACAUAGUCACUACAUAGAUUUAAGCACAUCUCAAGCAGGUUGGCAUAAGCAUAGAUAUUGGGAUUGGUCAGGAAUGACAAAAGGUAAAGGAUAUGAUGUUAAAGACGACGUUAAGUUUGCUAUAAAUUGUUACUGGGAUGACACGCAGGGAGAAGGAAACCAUACACAUUUC